AUGGUCAAGCGCCCUGACAAUUUUGAUACGUUGAGCGAAGCCGAACAAGAAUCUAUCAAAGAAAUAAUGCGGAAACAGAUUGCUCAUUUUCAUUACGCUGCCUUGACGAUGAAGCAAUUACCAGACCAUUUCGAUGCUAUACGAAAUUCCAACGCUAUGCUUCGAGCAAAGCUCUUCACUCUAGCUGGGGCGCUCUGGGAAAGGGACACUCUAUCGCUCAAGCAUGCUAUGAUCGAGGCCUGUCAAAAGUGGCCCAUGAAACUUGAUGAUGUGUCGUCCACAAAGCCUGGUGACUGUCCGGUGCAGUUCCCCGGGGACGAGAUUAUCCAGUGCAUGACCGAUUUCAGCCAGGAGCGGGAGAAGCUUCAGGAGUUUGCUGAGAUGAGGGCCUUCGCGAAUGUUGAUUCAGUUGGCUGGUUUCCAGAUGAUGAACAUUUUGAAAGGUCGAGGGAGAUUGCCCAGGUUAUCAAGUCGGGACUCUUAGAGCACUCUACUACCGAGAUGGAGCGGGAAGCAGUGCGGAACCAUUUCCCUUUCGAUGACCAUGAAGACGUCUAG